AUGCCGAAAAAGACAGAAAACAAUGAAGGGGAGGAGGUUCGACCAAAGAUAGUUCUUGAUUUUGAUGUCAGAUUAUUCUGCCAGAACCUCAAAGCAACAAAACCUCCAUAUAAAUGUCCUGUUGAUGGCUGUGGCAAACUUUACAAAAGUUAUUGUGGCAUCCAGUUUCAUCUUUACAAUUUUGACCAUGAAAAUCCAGACAACUGUAUUGUGUCCCCAGCACAAAAAGGGAAGAAAAAGAAGUCCAGAUGGCAUCACAGACAAGAUCGACGAUCACCAACACCUCCUGUGUUUAUAAGAUCACCUCAAAGAGAUACUCUUACAUACGCAGAGUCCCAGAGAUUGGUUGAAAUAGAACUUGAUGGACGUAUUCAAAGAUUAGAUAUUCAUGAACCUAUUGAACUUAUUUCUCAAGAUGAAAUUGACAAUCAUCACAAUACAGAAAAAGAAGAGAAAACUGAAUCUAAAACCCCCUUAAAAUCUGGUAAAAGUAAAACUGUUGAUAGUAAAAAUAAAGUGCGUAAAGAAACUACUGUUCCCCCAGUCAAAUUGCCAGAAGCUCAAUUUAAAGUGUUAGAGGAUUAUGUUAAACCAAAUCAUUUUAAACCGCGUCCAUCAUCCUAUUAUAGGUAUAUUGAAAAAACAUCUGAUGAACUUGAUGAAGAAAUAGAAUAUGAUAUGGAUGAAGAGGAUCAUUCAUGGUUAGAGCUAGUGAAUGAAACACGGGUUAAGGAGGGAAGUAAUGGGGUGAUCAGUCAGGAAGUGUUUGAAACUUUAAUGGACCGAUUUGAAAAGGAAGCAUUUUUUCAAAGUCAAAGUGCAGGGAAAGACCAAAAUCCUUCUAUAGACGAGGAUGCUGUGUGUUCUAUUUGUCAGGAUGGUGAAUGCCAAAAUAGUAAUGUGAUUUUAUUUUGUGACAUGUGUAAUUUAGCAGUGCAUCAAGAGUGCUAUGGUGUUCCGUAUAUUCCUGAGGGUCAGUGGCUAUGUAGACGUUGUCUCCAAUCGCCAUCGUUUGCUGUGGAUUGCACUCUCUGUCCUAACAAAGGUGGUGCAUUUAAACAAACUGACGAUAGCCGCUGGGCUCAUGUUGUUUGUGCACUAUGGAUACCAGAAGUUGGGUUUGCAAAUACAGUAUUUUUAGAACCUAUUGACGGUAUUGAACGAAUCCCUCCAGCCCGUAAAAAAUUAACUUGCUAUAUAUGCAAACAGAAAAGUGUUGGUGCUUGUAUUCAGUGUCAUAAAACUAAUUGUUAUACAGCAUUUCAUGUGACUUGUGCUCAACAGGCGGGUUUGUAUAUGAAAAUAGAACCAACCCGGGAACCAGGUCCACAUGGGACUGUCCCUGGUGUGCGGAAAACAGCGUAUUGUGAUGUUCAUACACCAGCUAAUUCAGACUGUACUUCGAUGUUUGAUGAUGAAGAUAAAUCUAUGUCAGCUAAAGAAGCCAAGGAAAAAUCUAAGAUUAAAAUGAGAAAAGCACGGAAAAUUUUAGCAGAAAAACGCAACGCCAUGCCUGUUGUAUCCAUACCCACUAUUCCUCAAUCAAGAAUCUCAAAAAUAGCAUCAAAAGUUUCUCUCAGUAAAAAAGAACAAUUUUUAAAGAGAUUAUUAAGUUAUUGGACAUUAAAGAGACAAUCAAGAAAUGGUGUACCUUUAUUACGAAGGUUGCAAUCUAAUCAUAUGGCUAGAAAUAGAGAUCAGACCAAGAAUGAUCAACAAAGCAGUGAAUUGAGAGAUAAAUUGAAAUAUUGGCAGAGAUUAAGACAAGAUUUAGAGAAAGCCAGAUUAUUAGUGGAAUUAAUCAGAAAGAGAGAGAAGUUAAAGCGAGAACAGGUACGACUGUAUCAGUUAGCAACUGAUAUGAAACUACAACCAUUUGUAUUUUUAUUACGUCAAACAGUAGAACAACUCAUAGAUUGUGAUACUGGUAACAUCUUUACUGAACCAGUCUCACUGAAAGAGGUACCAGAUUAUUUAAGUUAUAUUGAUAAACCAAUGGAUUUUGAAACAAUGAUGAAGAAAGUCAAUGAUCAUAUUUAUAAAAGUAUAGAUGAUUUUGAAGCUGAUUUUAACCUGAUAGUAGCUAACUGUAUGAAAUAUAAUUCUAAAGAUACUGUGUUUUAUAGAGCUGCUAUUAAAUUACGGGAUCAGGGUGGUACUAUCAUGCGUAGUGCUAGAAGAAUGGCAGAUCAGAUUGGAUUUGAUAUGACUACAGGAGUUGAUACUUUUAUGAUGAAAGUACGAGAAGGGACCCCCCUUGAAGAACAACUUAACAUAUUACUGGAUAAAAUGGAUGAAACACAGGCUGCUCGUAGUGGUGAGUGA